AUGCGUCUCGGUUUCAAUAUCACUCUGCUGUCCGUGCUACCCGCGGCUUGGGGCAGAUCAUUCAUUGGCACUGCUGAACUCGGACGCCGAGCCUCCCCACAAUGCAAAUGCGCCCCCGGACUCAGCUGCUGGCCAUCCGAAUCAGAGUGGCAGGCCUUCGACAAGAAUAUUGGGGGCAAUCUCAUCAAGACCGAGCCUAUUGCGAAGUCUUGCUACCCUGGUCUUGCAGAGGACUUGAAACAAUGCGCUUAUGUCAAUAAGAUGUGGUCUGAUCAGGACUUUCAAUCCUCGAACCCUAUUGGGAGGCCGUAUCCAUACAACAUCACAUGCGCUCCAGUUGACUACGCUGCUGAGCAAAAACCCACCACUUGCAGUCUCGGAUCUCUGCCGGUCUACGCCGUAAAUGCUACCAAACGGACACACAUCUCGAAUACAAUCUCCUAUGCCCGCGAGCGGAACCUUCGUCUUGUAGUUACCGGAACAGGCCAUGAUCUUCUCGGUCGCUCUGACGGCUACGGUGGUCUCGAACUGUGGCUACACCAAUUCAAGAACAGUAUCGAUUUCAUGAAAACCUACAAGUCCAAGAACAGCUGCACCAAAUCUGGCUGGAAAGGUAGUGCCAUUAGAAUCAAUGGUAACUACCAGUGGCGCGACGUUUACAAAGUAGCUGAAGAGAAGAAUGUUAUUGUGGUUGGUGGUGGCUCUCUUACUCCUGGUGCCAUUGGCGGUUAUGCAUCUGGAGGUGGCCAUGGACCCGCCACGAGAAACUAUGGUCUCGGUGCCGAUCAGAUUCUUGAGGCGGAGGUGAUGCUUGCUGAUGGUCGAGUCAUUACCGUCAACCAUUGUGAGAACACUGAUCUCUUCCGUUCCAUGCGUGGUGGUGGGCCUGGCUAUGCCGUUACUCUAAGCAGUACUGUCAAGGCUUAUCCCAACGUCAAGACAGUCACGGCUCAUCACUUACAAGUCGCACCGUUGGAGAAGACCAGGGAGAACGCAGACCUCCUCGACGCCGUGGCGGUUCUGCUGCAACAGCUGCCCGACCUCAACGAUGCCGGCUUCUCUGGCUAUGGAUUCUGGUUCCGCAAUUUCCCAACCGUUUUCAUUGGUAACGCGACCUCGGGCUAUUCGCAUGGCUUCUGGACCAUUGGAAUGAGCCGUGAAGAUGCUGAGGCUGGUUGGGCACCAGUACGCAAAGCCCUGUCCAAGUUCAAGGACAAGCUCUUCAUCAACGAGACCUGGGCUACCUACUCCGAUUACUGGUCAUUCUACCACGCUGAAUCCGGUCUGUAUGAUCCUACAGGAACAACCUCCAUCCUGACCUCGCGAUUGAUUGAUCGCGAGAGCGUGGAGAGUUUUGACAACGUCCGCGACGCCAUCGAAGUCAUGAGUGGCAAGCCUGAAGAUUUCGGCACAAACGUCAUCCUCAUGACUUCUGGAGGCCAGGUAUUCAAAGACGCCUCAGACAAGACCAGUGGACUGAACCCUACAUGGAGGAAGUCGUACUAUGUUCUUGUGUCGAGCACGAGUAUUUCACUUACUGCAUCAGCAGCUGAGCGUAAAGUAGCCGAAGAUGAAGUGACGAAUGUCAAGGGUGUAGCCGCCAAGAAGUUGGCUCCAAACACCGGGGCCUACAUGAACGAGGGUGAUCGGAAUGAUCCUGAUUACAGGAAGUCGUUCUAUGGGAGCUUGUAUAGCUCGCAUCUCCAAACAAAGAAGAAGUAUGACCCUUCCCAUGUCUUUUACUGUCCUACGUGUGUUGGAUCAGAGGAGUGGAUUGAGAGACCAGAUGGGCCACUGUGCAGGGUUUGA